AUGACCAUCCAUACACAGCAGUUCGACAACUCCCUCUUCAAUGGCUCAGUCUCUGUGAACACCAACCUGUUCAUCGAUGGCGAGUUCGUUGACCCUCUGGAGCGGCACGACAUAGAAGUCACCGACCCAACCACCGGCAGGGUCAUCACCACUAUAGCGGCGGGUGGCAAGAAGGAUAUCGACAGGGCUGUCGAGGCUGCCCAAAAGGCAGCCCAAACGACCUGGGGCAAGAAUGUCUCCGGGACGCAACGUUCGCAUCUUCUUUUCAAACUUGGCGAACUCAUGGAGAAGCAUAGCGAUGAGCUGGCGGCACUUGAGGCGCUGGACAGUGGCAAGCAAUACGUUAACAUAAAGACAAUGGAUCUUGCGAAUGCUAUCAACACCGUAAAGUACUAUGCUGGCUGGGCUGACAAGCUGGGCGGUAAGACAAUCGAGACCGACCCUACCAAAUUUGUGUAUACGAUUCACGAGCCGAUUGGCGUUGUGGGGGGGAUCAUUCCCUGGAACUUCCCUUUGAUGACCGCGUCUUGGAAACUCGGCCCUGCGCUCGCCACCGGAAAUUGCGUUGUCCUCAAGCCGUCGGAAGUGACGCCUCUUGCGGCGCUCAAAUUGGCCGAGCUUAUCCAAGAGGCAGGCUUCCCUCCCGGUGUGGUGAACGUUGUCCCCGGUCUCGGCUCUGUCGCUGGCCAGGCCCUCGCAGAACAUCUCGACGUUGGCAAGGUCUCUUUCACCGGGUCGACUCUCACGGGUCGCAAGAUCAUGCAAUCGUCGGGCAACAGCAAUCUAAAGCGUAUCACGCUCGAGCUUGGUGGCAAAACGCCCAACAUUAUCUUCGAUGAUGCUGAUAUUGAGCAGGCCGUCAGGUGGACUUUCGCUGGUUUUACCUUCCAUGCCGGACAAAUGUGCACGGCUGGGACCAGAAUCUAUAUUCAGGAGGGAGUUUACGAUAAGGUCAUGGAGCAACUCGUCGCGGCCGCCAAGGCCUCUGCCAAUCCCGGCACCGGAUUCGACCUUACCCCGCAGCUUGACCCUGUCGUCUCACAGACACAGCUCGAUCGUGUUCUGGGUUACAUCAGCUCUGGCAAGGACCAAGGAGCCAAGAUCGCCGUGGGUGGCGGCAGGCUCGGCAAGGAAGGCUAUUUCAUCGAGCCGACACUGUUCACGGACGUCAAGCCAGACAUGAAGAUUGUCAAGGAAGAGAUCUUCGGACCGGUUGGCGUUGUGAUCAAGUUCAAGACUGAAGAGGAAGUCUUGCGAGCGGCGACCGACUCUACGUACGGCCUGUCGGCGUGUAUCUACACCAAGGAUGUAGACCGAGUGGCGCGCUUUGUUUCUGCUCUUGAAACAGGAAACGUUUACGUCAACGUUGUCAGUAUGCCUGACUAUCGAGUGCCGACGGGUGGUUACAAGCAAUCCGGCUUUGGCAAAGACCUUGGCGAGUACGCUCUCGAGGGCUACACCAACGUCAAAGCUGUUACAAUCAACCACGGCCAGAAGUUGUAAACGGGCCUUUGUCCACCAUAUUUUGCACUGGCACUAUAUGUUGUUUGUAUGUUUAGCUGCUUCACAGAGGUUACAUAUGAGGUGUAUCAUGUACUAUGCAAUAGAAAUUUGGAUAUUCCGUGGUAACAGAAGACCUCAAAAGAUAGAAGUGAGGCGGGCCUAUCACUGGACUCUGCCUUUUGUGCUCUUCGACUGACGCCCACCCAUC